GGAUUUGCAUGCGGCCGCCGCGGCCGCUGCCUGCGCCCGAGCCCGCCGCCGCCGCCGCCGGAGCCCGCGCCCGCGCCCGGCCCGCGCGGCCCCAUGCCUCUGGCGCGGCCCUCGGGGGGGCGAAGGUGAAGACCGGCUCCUAGGAUGAGUGAAGGGGCGGCCGCUGCCUCGCCACCUGGUGCCGCUUCGGCAGCCGCCGCCUCGGCCGAGGAGGGCACCGCGGCGGCUGCGGCGGCGGCAGCGGCGGGCGGGGGCCCGGACGGCGGCGGCGAAGGGGCGGCCGAGCCCCCCCGGGAGUUACGCUGUAGCGACUGCAUCGUGUGGAACCGGCAGCAGACGUGGCUGUGCGUGGUACCUCUGUUCAUCGGCUUCAUCGGCCUGGGGCUCAGUCUCAUGCUUCUCAAAUGGAUCGUGGUGGGCUCCGUCAAGGAGUACGUGCCCACCGACCUAGUGGACUCCAAGGGGAUGGGCCAGGACCCCUUCUUCCUCUCCAAGCCCAGCUCUUUCCCCAAGGCCAUGGAGACCACCACCACAACCACUUCCACCACGUCCCCCGCCACCCCCUCCGCCGGGGGUGCCGCCUCCUCCAGGACGCCCAACCGGAUUAGCACUCGCCUGACCACCAUCACGCGGGCGCCCACUCGCUUCCCCGGGCACCGGGUGCCCAUCCGGGCCAGCCCGCGCUCCACCACAGCACGGAACACUGCGGCCCCCCCGACGGUCCUGUCCACCACGGCCCCGUUCUUCAGUAGCAGCACGCCGGGCUCCCGACCCCCGGUACCAGGAACCCCAAGUACCCAGGCAAUGCCCUCCUGGCCUACUGCGGCAUACGCUACCUCCUCCUACCUUCACGAUUCUACUCCCUCCUGGACCCUGUCACCUUUUCAGGAUGCUGCCUCUUCUUCUUCCUCUUCUUCCUCCUCCGCUACCACCACCACACCAGAAACUAGCACCAGCCCCAAAUUUCAUACAACGACAUAUUCCACAGAGCGAUCCGAGCACUUCAAACCCUGCCGAGACAAGGACCUUGCAUACUGUCUCAAUGAUGGCGAGUGCUUUGUGAUCGAAACCCUGACCGGAUCCCAUAAACACUGUCGGUGCAAAGAAGGCUACCAAGGAGUCCGUUGUGAUCAAUUUUUGCCGAAAACUGAUUCCAUCUUAUCGGAUCCAACAGACCACUUGGGGAUUGAAUUCAUGGAGAGUGAAGAAGUUUAUCAAAGGCAGGUGCUGUCAAUUUCAUGUAUCAUCUUUGGAAUUGUCAUCGUGGGCAUGUUCUGUGCAGCAUUCUACUUCAAAAGCAAGAAACAAGCUAAACAAAUCCAAGAGCAGCUGAAAGUGCCACAAAAUGGUAAAAGCUACAGUCUCAAAGCAUCCAGCACAAUGGCAAAGUCAGAGAACUUGGUGAAGAGCCAUGUCCAGCUGCAAAAUUAUUCAAAGGUGGAAAGGCAUCCUGUGACUGCAUUGGAGAAAAUGAUGGAGUCAAGUUUUGUCGGCCCCCAGUCAUUCCCUGAGGUCCCUUCUCCUGACAGAGGAAGCCAGUCUGUCAAACACCACAGGAGUCUAUCCUCUUGCUGCAGCCCAGGGCAAAGAAGUGGCAUGCUCCAUAGGAAUGCCUUCAGAAGGACACCCCCAUCACCCCGAAGUAGGCUAGGUGGAAUUGUGGGACCAGCGUAUCAGCAACUGGAAGAAUCAAGGAUCCCAGACCAGGAUACGAUACCUUGCCAAGGGAUAGAGGUCAGGAAGACUAUAUCCCACCUGCCUAUACAGCUGUGGUGUGUUGAAAGACCCCUGGACUUAAAGUAUUCAUCCAAUGGUUUAAAAACCCAACGAAAUACAUCAAUAAAUAUGCAACUGCCUUCAAGAGAGACAAACCCCUAUUUUAAUUGCUUGGAGCAAAAGGACCUGGUGGGCUAUUCAUCCACAAGGGCCAGUUCUGUGCCCAUCAUCCCUUCAGUGGGUUUAGAGGAAACCUGCCUGCAAAUGCCAGGGAUUUCUGAAGUCAAAAGCAUCAAAUGGUGCAAAAACUCCUAUUCAGCUGACGUUGUCAAUGUGAGUAUUCCAGUCAGCGAUUGUCUUAUAGCAGAACAACAAGAAGUGAAAAUAUUGCUAGAAACUGUCCAGGAGCAGAUCCGAAUUCUGACUGAUGCCAGACGGUCAGAAGACUAUGAACUGGCCAGCGUAGAAACUGAGGACAGUGCAAGCGAAAACACAGCCUUUCUCCCCCUGAGUCCCACCGCCAAAUCAGAACGAGAGGCGCAAUUUGUCUUAAGAAAUGAAAUACAAAGAGACUCUGCAUUGACCAAGUGACUUGAGAUGUAGGAAUCUGUGCAUUCUAUGCUUUGCUCAACAGGAAAGAGAGGAAAUCAAAUACAAAUUAUUUAUAUGCAUUAAUUUAAGAGCAUCUACUUAGAAGAAACCAAAUAGUCUAUCACCCUCAUAUCAUAGUGUUUUUUAACAAAAUAUUUUUUUAAGGGAAAGAAAUGUUUCAGGAGGGAUAAAGCUUACCAUUAAAGCUUUUGGGUAGAAUUCUGAAUCCAAUUUCAGUUAGUCCCAACACUGUCCUCUUUGGCUCUUAGAAGAUGUGGGCAAUUCAGACCCUUGGCCCCACAUUGCCAGUGUCUCAUUAAAAAACACUGGCAGUUACCUGGUUUCAAAAAGAGGAGAGCUGCAUCCCGCAGGUGGAUGCACCAGUGAGCAGGUGGCCCUUGCCAUUUGGCUUGCCAGUCCCAAGCCCUAAAUUUCAAUUUACCCAAUAGCCUCAUCACAGGUUAUGUCAUGUCAACAAAUGUAGUGUUUUCUAUUUGAUUUUUGGAGAAUGCCACAAAAGACUCUGCAAUGGGAAGGAGGACAGGAGAUAGAAGGAGAAAACAGGAGCAGUCUUAACUACUCUUGUGUGCCACCUUCCUCUGAGAUUUGAAUGCACAGAUCUCAGCUGGAGGUAUGAAAUUAUUACAGAAAAAGAGACAAAAAAAUCACUAUAUCGUGUCACUAAAAUCAUGCUAAUAGAAAUGUUUUUCCUUGAGAUUGUUUAGAGGCUCUGGAGGAGCGUUUCUCAGUUUUUGUGUGCCUGUGUGCACAUGUGUGUGCGAGCGUGUGUGUGUGUGGACUUGCUCACGCGGGCACAUAUGCUGUAAGCACAUGUGUUCAUUGUGCGUAUGUGUAUGCACGUGUGCGUGUAUUACGCUUGAUAAAAUUUGUUCUGAAACAUCAGGGAAUCUAAUAUUCAGAAAAAGUAUUUCCCUCUUAGAUCUGUUCACUUUAAAUUUUUCCAUUAAGUAUAAAGUUCAGUUAGUUCUUAAAUCAAGGUCACUUGCAUGGUGGGGUCGUAUAAAACUCUUGACACUGUCUAGACCAUUUUCUGAUGUGAAUACUUUUGAGAGGAUCAACUAUUGGCUCAUUAAUGAUAUCAGUAUCAUAAGGUGAGUUCAUUGAGGAUGUGUGUUUAUUUUGAAUCAUGCCUACUUAAAUUAUUAACACAAGACAAUUAACAAAUUGACAGUUACCAUUUGCUUUCUCAUCAUCCUCAUUACUAUUUAUUUUAUAGCAAGUCUACUACGUGUGGACCAAGGCUUCGGCUUCUGUGGUUAGUAUGGGAAGAAUAAAUUGUUGAAAUAAAAAUACCCAGACUAUUCAGUUCACAAGAAGCCCCCCAAAAGAACAGUAAAUUGUGUUGUAUGUUCAUUUGGAAUAAAGCAAUAUUUUUACCACUGCUAAGGUGAACUGAAACCUCUCCUGAAGAUUUGUCUGUUUAUUUACCCUCACUUUCAUGGGACAUAUGAGGAAAUUAGUGUUCACAUACCCAGUCUUUUUCCAAUUAUUGGUGGUGUUGAGUUGUUAUGUUUACACUGUUUUAAAUAAAAAGGCACCGUAUUUGAAAGCA